UUGGAAUUCAAUUCUAGAAAACUUGAUGAUAUACUCGAAACCGUAGACGCAUUUAAAACUACAGUCAAAGAAAUAAGAAAGAAGAAUAUCGAAUUAUCUAACCAAAAUAAAAACUUAGAAUAUAGAAUAAGUGCAUUAGAACAGCGUUUACAAGAACAAGAACAGCAACAGCUUAUUAAAACUAUUGAUAUUUUUAAUAUCCCAUUCACUGACAACGAGGAUCUUUUAAACGUCGUGCAAAAAAUACAACAAAAACUUGAAUUAGAAGAAAACAUUAUAGAAGUAAAGCGCUUUGGUUACAAUAGAAAUAAUUCCGGAAAACUACGUGUGGUUCUACCGUCAGAAACUGUUAAAACAAAAUGGCUUACAAAAGCAAAGGAUACAAAGGUCAUGGUGAACGAUAUCUUACCUAGCGCAUCACCGUUGACUGGUAAAGAAACCAUCUACAUAAGUGAGGCAUUAACCAUAUACAUAAAGACCUUACUUGGAAAUGCCAGAAGAGAACUUAAAAACAGCGGAGUAUACAAAUAUGUGUGGUGCAAGAAUAUAGUUAUUAGAGCAAGAAAAAGUGAAAAAGAUCAAUCGUUCAUAAUUAGAACUGAUGAUGACAUUAAAGCCUUACUACAAAAGGAAGUCCAUGUACAGCCGCAAUAA